AUUAGUUUGGUAUAGGCUGUAUUAGGUAACUUUGAUCUGAUGUGACUUUAUAAACAAAGAUGUCAAUCUUCGUUACCGUGGGAACGACUUCUUUUGAUGAAUUAACUGAAACAAUCACCAGUAAACCAGUUCAAAAAGUUUUACAAAGUCAAGGUUAUGAUAAAGUAACCAUCCAGUAUGGAAGGGGUAAGCAUGAAGUGGAAAAUAUUAAGUCACCAAGUUAUUCAGUUGUUGGGUUCCGAUACAAAGAUUCAAUUGCUGAAGAUAUCGCUUCUGCUGAUCUGGUUAUAAGCCAUGCAGGGGCAGGUAGUUGUUUAGAAGUAUUGGGAGCUAACAAACCAUUAUUAGUUGUUGUGAACGAGAUGUUAAUGGAUAAUCACCAGAUUGAGUUGGCAACCCAGUUGUACAGGGAUGGCCAUCUAUUUUAUUGUACAUGCAGCACAUUGCUGGAAACUUUGAAAUCUAUGGAUCUUUCUGCAUUGAAGCCUUUACCCUCGCCUAAAACUAAUGAAUUCACCGAAAAUAUUGUUUCUUAUUUUAAAUUAUAGCAACAUUUUUUUAAUGAUUUUUAAGUGCAAUAACCUCUUACCUAAUAAAGAAAUUUCACUAGAUUU